UGUUACUCCAGUCAGUGGUGUGUGGACAUGUUCUUCUUCUUUUUCUAACUUCCCCUCCUGUGACAGGGGAGAUAGCAAUUAAAGAAACAAAAGUCCAGAAAGCUAAGAUUGCCAGUUUCACUUCCUCUUGCCCCUUAACCCAGGGCUGUUUUGAAUACAGUAACUGCCUUGGGGCACAGAGCUGGGGUGAAAAGACAGCAGAGCCUUUCUGGGAGCUGCCCUGGCAGGGCAGAUGGUUACAACGUGUCAUGCUGGGCCUUUCUGGUCACAGAAAAUGCCAGGAUAAUGGCUCCCACAAGCCUGGCUGGGAUCCUAAUCACAGCCAUGGCCUUUCUCUCCUGCUUGAGACCAGAAAGCUGGGAUCCUUGUGUACAGGUGGUUCCUAAUAUUACUUACCAAUGCAUGGACCAGGCUCUCAACAGAAUUCCUGACAACAUUCCUACAUCAGCUAAGAUAUUGGACUUGAGCUUUAACCCCCUGAAACAUUUAAGCAGGCGUAGCUUCUCCAACUUCUCAGAACUGCAGGUGCUGGAUUUAUCUAGGUGUGAAAUUAAAAUAAUAGAAGAUGAUGCAUAUCAGGGCCUACACAACCUAUGUGUCUUGAUAUUGACAGGAAACCCUAUCCAAAGUUUAGCCUUGGGAGCCUUUUCUGGACUUUCAAGUUUGCAGAAGCUGGUGGCUGUGGAGAUAAACCUAGAAUAUCUAGAGGAUUUUCCUAUUGGACAUCUUAAGACCUUGAAGGAGCUUAAUGUGGCUCACAAUUCUAUCAAAUCAUUGAAAUUACCAGAUUAUUUUGCUAGUCUGCAUAACCUGGAGCACUUGGACCUUUCUAAUAACCAGAUACAAAAUAUUCAUCAUAAAGACUUAAAAGUUUUACAUCAAGUGCCUCUACUAAAACUCUCUGUAGACUUGUCUUUGAAUCCAAUAGAGAUUAUUGAACCAGGUGCCUUUCGAGAAAUUAAGCUUCAUGAAUUAACUAUGAGAAGUAAUUUUAAUAGUAAAGAUGUAAUGAAAACAUGUAUUCAAGGUCUAGCUGGUUUAAAAACUGAUCGUUUGGUCCUGGGAGAAUAUAAAAAUGAAAGGAAUGUGGAAAAGUUUGAUAAAUUUGUACUAGAGGGACUAUGCAACUUGACCAUUGAAGAAUUUCAUGUAGCACACUUUGAUUACUUUUCAGAAAAUACUAUUGACUCAUUUAAUUGUCUAGCAAAUGUUUCUGCAAUUUCUCUGGUGAGUCUGAAUUUAGAUGACCCAUCAUAUUUUCUGAAUAAUUUCAGAGGACAACAAUUAAAACUGGUUAACUGUAGAUCUAAUGUUUUUCCUCAGUUGAGGCACCUUCCUCUUAAGAAGUUUGUUUACACUGAAAACAAAGGUGUGAGUACUUUUCAAAACAUUGAACUCCCAAAUCUUGAAUUUCUAGAUCUCAGUAACAAUGGCUUGAGUUUCAAGCAGUGUUGUUCUCACAUUCAUUUGGGGACAAACAAACUAAUGCAUUUAGAUAUGAGCUUUAAUGAUGUCAUUAACAUAGGCAAAAACUUCUUGGGCUUAGAGAAAUUAGAAUAUUUGGAUUUUCAGCAUUCCACUUUGAAAGGGAUCAAUCAGUUUUCAGUAUUUCUGCCACUCAAAAACCUCUAUUACCUUGAUAUUUCUUAUACUCAUACUCAUGUUGAUUUCUAUGGUAUCUUUAGUGGCUUGAUCAGCCUCCAAGUCUUGAAAAUGGCUGGCAAUAGUUUUCAAGACAAUAACCUUCCAAAUAUUUUUACAGAACUGGCCAACUUGACCUUCCUAGAUCUUUCUAAGUGUCAGCUACAACAGAUAUCCCUGAAGGCAUUUAAUUCUACCCCUAGACUUCAGUUGCUAAAUAUGAGUCAUAACAACUUUAUGUUACUAGACACACUUCCUUAUAAACUGCUCUAUUCCCUCCAGGUUCUAGAUUACAGUUUUAAUCACAUAGUAGCCUCCAAAGGACAAGAACUGCAACAUUUGCCAAAUAUAGUUUCCUUAAAUCUUACCAGGAAUGAAUUUGCUUGUUCUUGUGAACACCAGAGUUUCUUGCAGUGGGUUAAGGACCAACAGCAGCUCUUUGUGGAAGUUGAAAACAUGCUGUGUACAACACCUUUAUAUAUGCAGGGCAUGCCCUUGCUGAGUUUUAGGAACACUACCUGCGGGAUGAGCAAGACUGCCAUUGGUGUAUCAGUUUUCAUGGUACUCAUGGUAUCUGUAGUAGUGUUUCUUAUCUAUAAGUUCUAUUUCCACCUGAUGCUUCUUGCUGGAUGCAAAAAGUAUCAUAGAGGUGGUAGCACUUAUGAUGCCUUUGUUAUCUACUCGAGUCAGGAUGAAGACUGGGUGAGGAAUGAGCUGGUAAAAAAUUUGGAGGAGGGAGUGCCCCGCUUUCAGCUCUGUCUCCAUUACAGAGACUUUAUACCUGGUGUAGCCAUUGCUGCUAACAUCAUACAAGAAGGUUUUCACAAAAGCAGGAAAGUUAUUGUUGUGGUAUCACGGCACUUUAUUCAGAGCCGAUGGUGUAUCUUUGAGUAUGAAAUUGCCCAAACCUGGCAAUUUCUGAGUAGUCGUGCUGGCAUUAUCUUCAUCAUCCUUCAGAAGAUAGAAAAAUCUCUGCUCCGGCAACAGGUAGAGCUAUAUCGCCUUCUCAACAGGAAUACUUACCUAGAGUGGGAAGACAAUGCUCUGGGGAGACACAUUUUCUGGAGACGUCUCAAAAAAGCUCUGUUGGAUGGUAAACCAUGGAAUCCAGAAGAAACAGAGGAUUCAGAAAACAACCAUCAGGAAGCAACAACCUCAAACUAAGGAAGAAAAUAUUUGGAGGUGAUUCUAGUUGUGUUGAUCUCAAAAAUUUGCUCAAGUAUCAUGUAUUAAAUGUUGCAAAAAUACUCAGACAUGGUAUUAAGAAUAGUUAAUUCAGUGUUGCAUAAACACAUGGGACUACUGAUCUCAUGGUGUUUACAUAAAAUAAAUAAGUGUCAUGCUAGAAUA